AUGUCAUGUGAUCUUGAAUGGAUAAACACUGAGCGGAGUUUGUGUUUUCAUGAAGACUUGAAAGGCGGGCUAAUCAUUCUGGACUUUUUCACAUACUGCUGCAUUAACUGUAUACACAUUCUGCCUGAUUUGGAGGCCCUGGAACAUGCAUUUCCCAUGGAGAAGGGUGUGGCUGUUGUCGGAGUGCAUUCAGCCAAGUUUGCCAAUGAGAAAGUCUCUGCCAAUAUCCUUAGUGCAGUGCUUCGCUAUGGCAUAUCUCACGCAGUGGUGAAUGAUAGUGAGGCUAAAAUGUGGAAUGAAUUAAUGAUCCAGUGCUGGCCCACGCUGACUCUUGUUAGUCCCUGUGGAUACCUCCUUUAUAAUUUUGUUGGUGAAGGCCACAGAGAAAAACUUUUAGAAUUUGUCACUGUUGCUGUGGACUUUUAUGAACACAAGGGGGAAAUAACUCUGUCAAGCCUCCCAUUAAAACCAGCAAGGGAGAAUCUCUCUGAGUCUCCACUAAGUUUUCCCGGCAAAGUUUGUUGUAGCAAUGACGGAAAGACUGUGGUUGUGGCGGACACAGGACAUCAUCGGGUAUUAGUUCUCAGCCCUGACGGAAUUGUAAAGCACACUGUCGGAAAUGGUAAGGCUGGACUUGAGAAUGGGUCAUUCACAGAGGCAUUGUUCAACUCUCCACAAGGUGUCUGUUACCAUGACGAUGUGAUAUAUGUGGCUGACACUGAUAACCAUGCCAUUAGAAAGAUAGACCUUAAGGAGAAGACAGUGGUCACUGUUGCUGGGACAGGAGAAAUGGGAGAGGACAAGCAAGGGGGACAGCUUGGGGUGGAACAAGCCAUCUCCUCUCCAUGGGAUGUUGUACUGGGCUCAUCACUGGGUUCCAGUGAAAAGGAUCUGUUGUUGAUAGCCAUGGCGGGUUCUCACCAGAUCUGGGGGCUCUUCCUCAAGGACGGCAAAUGGCUGAAAGGCAGAGUGUACAAUGCUGGCACCUGUGUGCGCCUGGGGGGUAGUGGGAAUGAGGAGAACCGCAACAACAGUUACCCGGAGAAAGCCUCAUUUGCCCAGCCGUCUGGCCUGACACUCUCCACACAUCAGGAUCAUCCAUUGCUGUUCCUGGCAGACGCGGAGAGUUCCAGCAUUAGGAGCAUGUCUUUGAGAGAUGGAGCAGUGAAGGCCCUGGUUGGUGGAGAGCGGGAUCCGAAAAACCUGUUUGCUUAUGGGGACCAGGAUGGGAAGGGUUAUGAUGCCCGCUUACAGCACCCCCUUGGAGUCACUGUGCUGUCCCAUGACCCCUGUGUUUUGGCUGUGGCUGACUCUUACAACCACAAGAUAAAAAAGAUUGACGUUGCCACGAAACAGUGCACGUCCUACGUGGGCAGUGGUACAGCAGGCAACUCAGUCGAUGGGCAUCUAAGGGAGGUCACUCUGAAUGAACCUGGAGGGUUGUGCGUAGAUAGAGCCAAAGGGAUUCUGUACAUAGCAGACACCAACAACCACUGUAUUAAAACAGUUAAUGUGAAGACAGAUGUCAUGAGGCCUUUUCCUAUCAUCUUCCCUUCUGUGGGACCAGACAAAACCUCAGAUGUGGUGUUUAAACGUCUCACAAGAAAGUCCAUCCCAGUUACGGAAACCACGCCUGUGUGUCUAGCCCCAGGUGGGAAGGUAAUGUUCAAGGUACAGGUAGACUGGAAACCAGGCAUACACCUGACAGAGGGGGCACCUAGCCAGUGGCAAGUGUGGGUAGAGGGUAAGUCUGACCUGUGA